AUGGUAUCUUGGGCUGUCACAGGUGCAACUCGAGGUAUUGGCCUCGGCUUUGUUGAAAAUCUUUCAGCCGAUCCAAACGCCCAGGUGUUCGCGAUCAUUCGCAGCCGAGGAACUGCUGGUCCACUUGAGGAGCUCGCCGCCAAACGCAAAAACAUCCAUAUAAUACUGACCGAUAUAUCUGACCCGCGCAAGUUGAAUCAGGCUGUCGCUGAAGUCUCUCAAGUGACGGGAGGUUCGCUUGAUGUCUUGAUCCUCAACGCUGGUUCCGCAGGGCCAGAGACCAGCACGUGGUCGCCAAGUGCUUUUCAUGGCGAGGAGAAAGCUCUUGAGACAGAGAUCCACGAGAACAUUAAGAAUAAUCUUUUGAGCAACAUCUACGUCAUCAACUCCUUCCUCAAUCUCGUCCGCAACGGCAAAGAGAAGAAGAUCGUAUUCAUUUCGAGCCCAAGUGGAGAUGUCGAGUUCACACGUAUUACUGGCAUCACCACGGUGCUGGGAUAUUCUGUUAGCAAAGCCGGAAUGAACGUUGUCACGACCAAAUUUGGUGCCGAACUGGCCCAAGAUGGCAUCAAGACUUUGUCUUUAAGUCCAGGAUGGGUAGAAACAGAUGCUGCUCGAGCCGUCACAGGCGAGCCAGCUAUACGUAGAUUCAUGCUAAGCGCGUUUCGAAAGCUUGAUCAGAGUGUCGAUGGACCGAUUCCGGUGAAUGAAUCAGUCACUUCUAUGCUUCAGGUGAUCCAUAGCUUGAAGGAAGCGGACAGCGGCAAAUUCGUUACGCAUCACGGAAACAACAGCGAUUGGUUCUAGAGGAGAAGGCUAGUAGAUUUAGGUAGAUAGUAAAUCGAGGCAGUGCACUGAGAUUGAGGUCGAG